AUGAAAGCAAUCGUUAUCGAAAAGUUUGGAGGGCCCGAGUCCCUCGUCAUCAAGGACAUGCCAACCCCGGAGCCCAAACAUGGAGAGGUGGUGAUUCGGAUCAAAGCAUUUGGCCUCAACCACGCUGAGAUGCACAUGCGCAAAGGAGAAUGGGCCGAAUGGGUACCUAUCAGCGGAAUCGAGUGUGUCGGCAUUGUCGAUGCAUGCCCGGGAGGCGAGUUUGAACAGGGCACGCCAGUUGCUAGUCUCAUGGGUGGUUUGGGGCGCACCAUCAGCGGCAGUUAUGCCCAAUUUACUCGAGCGAAAGUGUCAAAUGUCGUCCCACUCGGUCCAGCUUCAGCCAGUCUGCGAUGGGACCAGCUAGCGGCCCUCCCCGAAUCAUAUGCGACAGCGUGGACUUGUCUGUUCCGAAAUCUUGAGAUUCAAGCAGGCCAACGACUCCUGAUUCGAGGUGGAACGUCGGCUUUUGGAAGAGCGGCCAUCAAUCUGGCCGUACAAGCAGGGGUGCACGUGACUACUACGACGCGUAGUACGCACCGUGUUGCACAGCUCGAGCGCCUUGGGGUUAAAGAUGUACUCAUUGAAGGGCCGGCCCUUUCUGAGCGUGCUCCGCAGAGAUUUGAUGCUAUCCUAGACCUUGUCGGGAACAGCACUAUCCUUGACUCGCUCAACAUGGUGUACAGGGGAGGCCGAGUAUGUCUGGCUGGCUGGCUGGGUGGACUUGCGCCUAUCUCCGACUUCAACCCGCUUCUGCAAAUGGCGAGCGGCGUGCAUCUUAGUUUCUUUGGCAGUUUUGUCUUUGGAACGCCCGAAUUCCCUUUGACCGACGUCCCUCUGCAAGACAUUGUCACAAUGGUUGCCCAAAAACAGUUUGACGCAGAACCUUGGAAAGUCUUCGAUUUUGAAGAGAUUCAAGAGGCGCAUCGCAUAAUGGAAAACAAUGAGGCGCAAGGCAAGAUGGUGGUUACUGUUGGGUGA